AUGGAUCGUCUUCGAGCUUUGAUUCCGAUGAGGACCCUUCGAUGUCCCCAGGCUCUGCUCAUCUUAGCGAUCUUGAAUCUGCCGACAGCGCAACCCACGCCGACCCGCGCCCGGAGCAACCUCCUCUGGACAGCGAACUGGACGGUAGCGACCAUGGACCUAGCUCAUCGUCCCAACCUGCAUCCGCCUUUGGACCACAGCAGCCCAGGGAGCACUUCCUCAACCACGACAUGUCGGAUCGGCUCAGCUGGUUUCGCAGACAAGUGUUAUGCAAACUCUGCAGCUGCUACAUGGAACAACGGUUUCGAGAGCAGGGCCAUGCUGAGAGGAGCGUGGUACAACGCCUCAGCGGCUUUCGCCGCCGGUCCAGUGGAUGCAGCCCUGCGGAGAUGGAACAGCUGGUACAACCAUGGCUACUGGAGCCAACUGGAACGGAAUUUUCCCAAGACUUGGCGACAACAAGGCGAUCCACCCAAAGCACUGUUGGUGCAACAGAUGCAGACCCUGCUUGCACGCCGGCUGGACGAACAGCUCUUCUUCUCCAAGACCACCACGCUGGCAUACGAGCUGGUCGACAUUUGUGCUUUGGCUUUCUACCAGGAGCUCAUUCUGUCCAUCUGGCCGCUUCUGGGUUCUGAUCGGCAACAAGAACUACAAGAUUGGUUUUCGCGCUUCCGCAGCCCAUACAAGGACCAGUCUGCAGCGUCGAGCUCCAGCGCGCAGCUGUAG